UCUUUUUGCUUGAAAAUAAUAAAAUCCACUAACUGCUGUUAAGAAACAUUAGCAACAAAUGAGUAGUUCUUUUGGGGUUUUUUUUUAACUGUCAUGGUUAACUUGUGAACUAGUGUAUAACUAUAAAGCAUGUUUAUUAAGCUGUGUAUUUUAACAAUUAUUUCAAUUUUGCUUCGAUGGUGUAUCUCACUGAACAGUUACUCUGGUGCGGGUAAAGCUCCUAUGUUUGGUGAUUAUGAAGCACAAAGACACUGGAUGGAAAUUACGAUAAAUCUGCCUUCAUCUGAAUGGUAUAAAAACACUACAAACAAUGAUUUGCUCUAUUGGGGCCUUGAUUACCCCCCUUUGACUGCCUACCACAGUUACCUUUGUGGCUUAUUGUCAAGGUAUGUGAACCCUGACUGGGUGGCUUUAAACAAGUCUCGUGGAUUUGAAAGCGAACAGCAUAAACUAUUCAUGAGGUACUCAGUAAUCAUUGCAGAUCUUGUGGUUUUUAUCCCAGCUGUUUUAUUCUACUGGAUAUCUCAUUGGAGACUAUUAAAAUCAGAAAAGCUUGGUGGUGUACUGACCAUGCUGCUGUAUCCUGGAUUAAUCCUUAUUGAUCAUGGACAUUUCCAAUACAACAGCGUCAGUCUUGGGGCUGCUCUACUUGGAAUGGCCUGUAUUGUGAGGAACCAGGAUCUGUGGGCAGCCAUCUUGUUCUGUCUGGCCCUCAACUACAAACAGAUGGAGCUGUAUCACGCUUUGCCUUUCUUCUCCUACUUGCUUGGCUCAUGCUUUACCAGCAGUCCCACCAAAGGCUAUCUCAAGUUUUCAAUGCUGGUACUUGUAGUACUUAUUACAUUUGGUGUCUGCUGGCUUCCAUUCUUACAAGAUCUCAACACAGCUCAGGCUGUUGUCAAACGUCUUUUUCCAUUCGGACGUGGAUUAUAUGAGGACAAAGUGGCUAAUGUCUGGUGCAGUUUAUCGGUGAUGAUAAAGCUGAAAAAGCUUUUACCAGUGGAUAAACUUGUAUACUUGUGUUUGGGAUCGACUGCUGUCUUACUGUUGCCUUCAUCAAUACACCUGCUGGUCAAGCCAACUGUUGAAAAUUUCAAAUUAGCUUUGAUAAACUCAUCUCUAGUGUUUUUCCUCUUUUCAUUCCAAGUCCAUGAAAAGUCUGUAUUGUUAGCUGCAAUGCCAGUUAUGGCUAUUUUCCCAGUUCAUCAAUUUGGCAGUACCUGGUUUCUUCUUCUUUCAACAUUUAGCAUGUUACCACUAUUAAUCAAGGAUGGUUUGUUCAGUCCGUACGUCAGUCUGACCUGUCUGUUCUUUAUUGCCUCCAUUGCCUACAUGAAGCAAACAGGCAGCAAGCAGUACCAAAAAGUCAUCACAAUUGUUCUGUUCACAGCAUCAAUGUUGGGAGUUGCAGUUCUAACAGUUGUGGCCAAGUUUAGCAAACCUCCACAACAUCUUCCAGAUAUGUUUGCAAUGCUGAUAUCAGUGUAUUCCUGUGGCCAUUUUAUUGUGUUCUUGUUUUAUUUCCAUUAUUUACAAUUCUUUCAAACAUCUGCAAUAUCACCAUUAACACAAAGUCCAAAGAAAUUGUCUGCAAAGAAAAUAAAUUAAUAUAAAUUUG